AUGGGAGAACUGAUCUUCAUCACCGGCGCAUCUGGGUUUCUUGGGAGCGCAACUGCCGUGGAAGCAUUGAGGCAAGGAUACAAACUGCGGAUCUGUCUUCGAGGACCGUGUAAAAAACUGGAGACCCUGCUUUCAAGAUACAGCACUGAUGUGGAAUUUGUCAUUGUACCCGACUUCACGAACGAAGCGGCAUUCUCAGGGCAACUUGACGGGGUGGACUACAUCCUGCAUCUGGCCUCACCCGUUCCCCACGGCACAGAGAGCGAGUAUUAUUUCGUCGCUUCAAAGAUAACGACUAACGUGCUUCAAGAGGCUACCAGAGCCAGGAGUAUAAAAAAGGUCGUGGUCAUGUCAUCUCUUGCAUCAUUGCUUCCUGUUGGAGUACUCAUAACUGAUAGCAUUGUCAAAGAGCAUAAUCCCUGGAACAUCACGGUGGAUGAGGCCGCAGACUUCACUGUCUUCAAGGACUCUACAACGACAGCCAUGAAUUUAUAUCAUGCUUCCAAGUUACUUGCUAAUAAAGUGACGUGGGAAUUUUGGAAAAAUCGGCGCCCGCAUUAUAGCCUAGUGGUAUUACAUCCAGGCUUCACAUUUGGACACAACCUUAUGCAAACAAAUGCCGAGGAAAUCAGAUCAACAUCCAACGAGGGUUUUUGGCAGACAAUCACGAGUGGCACACAGGCCAUAGGGCUCAACUGUGUCCAUAUUCGAGAUGUUGCCGAGGCCCAGAUUAGAGCCUUGAGUCCGAAUGUAGUUGACGGCUCAUCCUAUCUUCUUGCGCCAAACAAGUCGACGUGGAGGGAGGUCGCGGAGAUUGUCCAACGAAAUUACCCAGAUACCGAUGCAAAAAUCACAGCUGGCAUCAAGGAAAACCAAUCAUUGCCUUUUUUGUCAACCGACUGUAGUAGAGCUGAAGUCGAAUUGGGGAUGAAAUGGCGGUCUAUGGAUGAAAUGGUGCGAGAUGUCAUAGAUCAGCAGCUUGCAAUUUCCAGACAUGUCGGAUAG